AUGUUAACAAUCGGAACUUUUUUAAGUCUGGAAUCUAUUCAACCUGUUCCUAUCUAUCUCACAACUUUCUUUCUUUCUUUCUUUCUUUAUUUCUUUCUUUCUUUCUGUUUUUGUCUGUACAUGUCUAUCUAUCCAUCUAUCUAUCUAUCAGUCUGUUCAUAUCUAUCUCAAUCUUCUGUUCAUAUCUAUCUAUCUAUCGAUCUAUCUCAGUCUGUUCGUUAUCUAUCUAUCUAUCUAUCUAUCUAUCUAUCUAUCUAUCCCAGUCUGUUUAUAUCUAUCUAUCUAUCUAUCUAUCUAUCUAUCUAUCUAUCUAUCUAUCUAUCCCUCCCAGUCUGUUCAUAUCUAUCUAUCUAUCUAUCUAUCUAUCUAUCUAUCUAUCUAUCUAUCUAUCUAUCUCAGUCUGUUCAUAUCUAUCUAUCUAUCUAUCUAUCUAUCUAUCUAUCUAUCUAUCUAUCUAUCUCAGUCUGUUCAUUAUCUAUCUAUCUAUCUAUCUAUCUAUCUAUCUAUCUAUCUAUCUAUCCCAGUCUGUUCAUAUCUAUCUAUCUAUCUAUCUAUCUAUCUAUCUAUCUAGCUCUCACUGUUCUUCCUUUCUAUCUUUCAUUCUGUCCAUAUCUAUCUAUCUAUCUAUUUAUCUAUCUCACAGUGUCCUUUCGUUCUUUCUCUUUCAGUCUGUUCAUAUCUAUUUAUCUAUCUCACACUGUCCGAUCUAUCUAUCUAUCUAUCUAUCUAUCUAUCUAUCUAUCUCAAACUGUUCAUAUCUUUCUCUCUAUCUAUCCAUUUAUCUAUCUCAAACUGUUCAUAUCUCUCUCGCUCUCUCUCUCUCUCUAG